AUGCUGACGAGAAGAAACAAGGGUUCCAACAAUCCCAAUCUGAUAAAGUUGAAAGAUGAGUACGAGCAGGUACCGCUCGGUGACUUGGAUGAAAAUGGUAAAACCUAUAAGCCACUACGGUCUCACGGGAACAAGCGCGAAUUCUACUUUGACGUACAUCCGCCAUUGGGAAAAAUGAUUGUCAGUCUUGCGGGUUUUUUGGCUGGAUAUAACGGAUCAUUCGACUUUGAGUCUGGUUCCAAAUAUCCUGAAGAUGUGAACUAUACGUUCAUGAGGAUAUUUUUGGCCUCAUUUGGUGCUUGGAUGGCCCCUUUGUCGUAUUUUACUGCAAUCGAGUUGGAUUUCUCUCGAAAUUCUACUGGGCCGGGCGAUUCUCAGAUGAGUUCACUUUUUCAGGCCCAUCUUAAUGGCAAUAUUUUCCACAAAAACCCUCUGGAGUUGGCAUACGACUCGAGGUUCACCCUUAAGAACAAGGGCUUUGGAGGUGGCCUUUUACACUCCCAUAUACAAACUUAUCCUAAAGGAUCGGAACAACAACAAGUUACAUGCUAUCAUCACGGAGAUGAGAACAAUGAUUGGAUCAUUAAAAAAGUUCGUGAGGCGCCGCCAUCUGAUAAUGAAACUGAGGUUGAAUUUAUAAAAAAUAAAGAGGAGGUUCGUUUAUUACAUGCUAAAUCUGGAAGGAACCUCCAUUCUCAUCGAGUAAAUGCACCUGUUACAAAGUCCCAAUGGGAGGUUAGCUGCUAUGGAAAUGAUACUAUAGGUGACAAAAAUGAUUACUGGAUUAUUGAAGUGUAUGAUGAUACUUACCCCGAUACCGAUAGAAUUCGCUCAUUGACCACUACUUUACGACUCCGACAUUCUGUUCUCGCACUCUACUUCUCCAUCCUGAUGGCAGGAUUCAUGAUGGACCAUCUUACUUCAAACCUCAAACAAAAAACAAGAACGAUAAUAUUUGGAAUAAGUUAUGUGUUGGUCAUCGGUGUAUUCCUAUUUUUCAAAGACAUAGCAUUUGGAAUAGACUAUCCCGCAAAGGAUUAUAAAGGUAGAAAAUGGCUUUCUACUUGGAACAUUGUGGACUAG